CUUGAAUAUGAUUGGCUGUGUUCACACUAGUGCUGAUGUGGUCUUCUGUUAGCAGAGCUGUCGACACAUUCAGAAACAAUAUUACUGUUUAUAAUUAUAAAAAAUAGCCACUGCACUUUGUUGAUAAUGCCUUAUUAUCAGACCUGGGAGGAGUUUUCCCGUGCAGCAGAGAAGCUGUAUCUGACAGACCCCAGGAAGGUUCGGGUGGUUCUAAAGUACAGACACUGCGACGGAAACCUGUGUAUCAAAGUGACCGACAACGCUGUGUGUUUACAGUACAAGACAGACCAGGCCCAGGACGUAAAGAAGAUUGAGAAGCUCCAUGGAAAACUGAUGAGACUCAUGGUGUCCAAGGAGACGCACAGCGGUUCCAUGGACACAGAUUGAAGAACUGUUGCAGCACUGGACUGAGCCUGCUGGACACAAAGUGCACA